GUCGAGCCUGCCUGUCCAAGGGCCCAAAUGCUACAUAGUACUGCCCCCCAUCCCCCUGCCCCCCUAACGGCUGGGCAUGUCCCUCAAGAACUGGCCCGUGCCCCGCGGAAACAAACAACAAAAAAGUCGGGAUCCCACAAAGUCCCUCUCCCCUUUCGUACCCCGACAUCAGUCCACUUGUGAUCCCAGCUGAUAUCAUAUUACUGGAGGGGCCUGCCACUCUGCGGUCGACCACAGCCCUGGGAUUUCAAGGCUCGAUUCAGGCCCUGCUCUGACCUCACCUCGCGCCUCCCGCCCUCCGCCCUCGCCCUCCAACGAACCAGUCCAGCCAAAUCCCAAACCACCCGAUUCUCAAUUAUCGCUCACCCACGCCCACACCCGCCCACACCCGCCUGAACGCCACCGGCCGCUAAAUCUCGCUCCCGCUCCGGCCGAGAGGAAGUUUAUGCAAUGUCAGGCACCAUGCGAGGUACGCCCAGCCGUGGGGCCGAUCGUGGCCGCAUUCCCACCUUCAACCACAGCCCAGCACCUGGCGCCGGCUCUGGGCCUGGCGCCAGCUCUGCCUCUGGCAUCCCCAGGCCUGUUCUCGGGGCAGACCUCGCCCACAAGGAGAGCUACGCUACUAAUAGCGAGAUAGGCGGGGCCAGUACGGUCAGCACCAGCAGACAGAAGCAGUCCAAGAGGGACGAGGCCAUCCGCCGGAAGCUGGAGAAUGACCUCUCCAAGAAGAAGCACCUCAGCGGCCGCGCUAGGCACACGCGAAAGGCCCCUCCCGGCACCGUCCUCGCCCUGAAGCCCAGCCAGGCCCUCCAGAUCAAGCCCCAGACCACCGUCGCCGAGGCCGCCCAGUUGAUGGCCGCCAAGAGGGAGGACUGCGUGCUGGUUACCGACGACGAUGACAGGAUUGCCGGUAUAUUUACCUCCAAGGACUUGGCCUUCCGCGUCGUCGGGGCUGGCCACAAGCCCGCCAACGUCACCAUCGCCGAGAUCAUGACCAAGAACCCCCUGUGCGCCCGCACCGACACCAGCGCCACCGAUGCCCUCGACCUCAUGGUCCGCAAGGGCUUCCGCCACCUGCCCGUCAUGGACGAGAACCAGGACAUCUCCGGUAUCCUCGACAUCACCAAGUGCUUCUACGACGCCAUGGAGAAGCUCGAGAGGGCAUACUCCUCCUCGAGGAAGCUGUACGACGCCCUCGAGGGUGUCCAGUCCGAGCUUGGUUCCAGCCAGCCCCAGCAGAUCAUCCAGUACGUCGAGGCCCUGCGCACCAAGAUGUCCGGUCCCACCCUGGAGACCGUCCUGAACGGCGACCCGCCCGUCACGGUCAGCGUCAGGACUCCUGUCAGGGAGGCUGCUCAGAUGAUGAAGGAGAACCACACCACCGCGGUCCUGGUCACGGACAACGGCGCCAUCACCGGUAUAUUCACCAGCAAGGAUGUCGUCCUCCGUGUUAUUGCCCCAGGCUUGGAUCCGGCCACCUGCAGUGUUGUUCGUGUCAUGACCCCACACCCGGACUUUGCCCCCAUGGACAUGAGCAUCCAGGCCGCUCUCCGGAAAAUGCACGAUGGCCACUACCUCAACCUUCCGGUCAUGAACGAUGGCGGCGAGAUUGUUGGCAUGGUUGACGUGCUGAAGCUGACAUACGCGACCUUGGAGCAAAUCAACGGCUUGUCUACCACCGACAGCGAGGGCCCGGCCUGGAACAAGUUCUGGCUGUCUCUGGACCACGAGACAGAGUCCAUGGUCUCGGGCGACGGCACCCACCACGACCGCAGCCACGUCGGCUCGCGCUCGCUCAUGUCCCCCGAUAUCAAUAGGGACCGUAUCCUGGACAGCGUCGCGCCUGGUGACUCGGCCUCUCACGCCGGUGUGGAAUCGCCCCCGCACAGCCACCUGGCACACUCCCCAGAGCUGCCCCCCAGCGAGCUGCCCUUCCCCUUCAAGUUUAAGACGCCCAGCGGCCGCACCCACCGCCUGCAGGUCAUUGCCUCGCAGGGCAUGGACGCCUUCGUCGUCAACAUCAUCUCGAAGCUCGGCUCCGAGAUCGACUCUGUCGGCGGCGCGCCUACGGUCGAGGACGGCAAGCUGUCCUUCAACGGGUUUGCGCUCAGCUACAUGGACGACGAGGGCGACUCGGUGUCCAUCACGACCGACCAGGACCUCCUCGAGGCGAUCCUACUCGCGCGCCAGAGCCACCACGACAAGGUGGACCUGUUCGUCCACGACCCGGAGAAGCCCCCAGUUACGGCCGCCCCAACCCCCGCACCCGAAACGGUCAUCCCCACACCUCCGGCGUCUAGCGUGCGGGAGCGCAGGAGGAGGAACUACGACGGCGAGGACGACAGCGAGGAGGACGACAGCGAGGACGAGUCGCCGCGGGGCGCGCGGGCCAGGAGACACCGCAGCAGGCACGCGCCCCAGGCGGAGCAGGUGAUCUCGGGAGUCCCCAACGAGCUGCUCCUCCCUGGUGCCAUCGCGACGCUGGCGGUUGUCAUCGUGGCCACCUUCACGAUCGGCCGCAUGUCGAGCCGAUAGACGGGGGCGCAGCGGACCUAUGGCAUGCCCCGGAGCGGUGUGGUUUCUAGAAACAAGAACAAAGACGAUAUCCCCCAGAGCAGGCGUUGUUGAAAUGGGUGUUUACAAAUGUGGUUUAUACAUAUAUGGCGAGAGAAGGUGCACAUGUUAUUUGCAUGGACUGCUGUGGCACGUCCUCCCACGUGCAUAGACUAAUAGGCAUCGCCUACUUAUCGUUCUAUGACAUUUUAAUGUGACGCUGAAUUCGACUCUG